UCUGUCAUCUACUGCAACACAAAGAUUGUGCGGUCCCGUAUCGGCCAGUACGCUGCUGCUGUCCACAGGCUCAACCUGCAAAAGCGCAUCUAA